GGCGCUGAGGGUGAGGCCGGCCAACGUGGGUCUGGAACCCGAGCUCCGUCAGCCCUGCCCCGGCUGAAGCAGCCAGCGCCAGGCGCGCCCCAUCCGGCCUCGGUCUCGCACCACGUCGCCACGCCACGUCACCUGCGUGCGCCCCGGACGCACUUGUGGUCCGAGGCAGCGCCCCGGAAGUAGCCGUGGACGUCGGAGCAGGCGGGCGGGACCGGCGCGGAUGUGGCGAGGCUGCUGAACGCAGGUUCCGCGGUAUGGCGGGGACGGCGCUGAAGCGGCUGAUGGCCGAGUAUAAGCAAUUAACCCUGAAUCCUCCAGAAGGAAUUGUGGCAGGCCCCAUGAAUGAAGAGAAUUUUUUUGAAUGGGAGGCCUUGAUCAUGGGCCCUGAAGACACUUGCUUUGAGUUUGGUGUUUUUCCUGCCAUCCUGAGUUUCCCACUUGACUACCCCUUGAGUCCUCCCAAGAUGAGAUUCACCUGUGAGAUGUUCCAUCCCAACAUCUAUCCUGAUGGAAGAGUCUGCAUCUCCAUCUUGCAUGCCCCAGGCGAUGAUCCCAUGGGCUAUGAGAGCAGUGCGGAGAGGUGGAGCCCUGUGCAGAGUGUAGAGAAGAUCCUGCUUUCGGUGGUGAGCAUGCUGGCAGAGCCCAAUGACGAGAGUGGAGCCAAUGUAGAUGCUUCCAAGAUGUGGCGGGAUGACCGUGAGCAGUUCUACAAGAUUGCCAAGCAGAUCGUACAGAAGUCUCUGGGGCUCUGAGGCCACACCUGUGUGCACACCGAGCAGUCCAGCGCUGUCCUCCAGCCCACUUGGCAACAGUGCUGCCGGGCCGACACCGACACAGGCAACUGUGGAGUCACAGCAUCUCUUGUUCCUUCUUUCCACCCCGACAGGCAGCUCCCCUGAAAUCAUGACUGGAAUAACGACAGCUGCUGGGCUGCAAAGGGCUCCUCCUGCUGCGCCUCAGGGAGGGUCCAGGCUGUCCUCACUACCUCUCCCAGCCACGGGGUCCUCAGCUCUGCUCCCUCCUGCACUGCUGAGGACCUGCCUCUGUCACCCACCAGGGGCUGGGAUAACCCGUGCUGCUCCUUCUGAGGACAUGGGGCCUUGGAGAAAGCAGUGUGGGCCUGUUGCUCCUGCCUCUCAGUUCCUAGGUGUCCCAGGGGGCAUUCUGAGCUUCUUUGGACACUUUGCACUUACAAGCCUAGGCUGCCUUUGGCAUGGUGACAGAGGCUUGCUGUGUGCGUCACAGAAGUCUCCGUAGCCCCCUCCAGGGGAUGUUUUGUAAAUGGGUUCACAAGAGGGGACAUGGGUCACCAGGACUGCUGCUCUUGCUGGUGCGAACUAGAGCAGGCAGGCACCGCCAGAGCUCUAGUGUGGGUCUCGCUUGGGGGUUCUGUGUAUAUACACGUGGUGGCACCAGGCUUAGCUCUAGGAUCAAAUUGUUCUUCACUGUCAGGGUUGGAAGGGAAUCUGCCUCUAGGUGCUCAGAAGAGGGGCACAUUUGGAACUAGAUGAUCUGGGAAGUGGCUGUGGUGCAGGCCAGGGGUGGAGGGUCUCAAACAGCAGGACCACACUGAGCGACAGUGCCCGAGCAGACCCCACAAGCAAUAACAGACAGGUAGAUCCUCAGUGUCAGCGGACGCUUGGCCUUUUCUAAACAGGUUGCCUUGAAACAUGAGUUUCUACUGUUAGAGUACAGCCCAUCUGUGGGGCGUGCAGCAGAUAUCGCGGCACUCGUCCGCUUUUCCUGCCCACAUGCCAGUGGCUGGCACUGCGCAUGUGUCAUGGUGUUAGUAGUUCCAGCUCUGGGGCUCCAUUGGGUGCCUGUGGGGACCUCAUGUUUUCCUUCUCCAAGGGAGUCCCCUUCUAUUUGAAAUGCAGCAGAGGUUGGUGCUGGGAGGUGCAGGAGAAGGGAAUUGUACCAAUAUAGUAUUUGUAGGCCACUGAGGAAGCCCUCUCUGAAAAGAGGUGGCCUUGAACACACAGAGUGGCCCCAGGGCAUGUUGCCACCCUCAGGCCUCCCUGGCAAGUUGGGGAAGAAGACAGGCAGUCUCUUUGCAAAACAAAAGUAUUUUUAUUCAUUUGUAUUUAUUAAAUGAAAAAAAAAAAAGAAUCUUCUGGUGUCCCUCUUCUGUGGUGGACUUUAAUUGCUGUUAAAUAAAAGUGUAUAUCCCUUCCCCA